UUCUUGGAAACGACGCCCCACGGAAUCGUCUCGCAUGCUUGAUCAUAAUUAAUAACUCUGGAGCAAUACAGUGGAGACCAAAGAGAAGCUGGAGCUUGUAAUAUAAUAAGAGACAUAAGAGGAAAAAACGCCCACUCACUUGUCCACGGUUUUUCACUUUUUUUUACUCAUAUUUUUAUGCAUAUCCAGUCAUUGAUUAUAUGACGCGAAGAAGAUUUAAUGGGUUUCUUAUUCUCCAACAUCCGAGAGCUUCACUCUUUUAUCAGGUUAAAAGUUUGAUUGUUGGAGUAAAUAAUUUUUUGUCAGUCUAUGUACAGUACUGGAUGUCAGAGUGUCACUAUGGAGAUGAAAAAGAAGGAAGCAUUGGUGUAAUAAAUAAAUAAAAAGAACAAAAGUAUCAAUAAAUAUUGAUACAAAAAUACAAGCAGAUGUGUCUGGUCUCUUUGAAUUUGGGAUGAAAAAGGUUCCACGAAGAUUCCAAGUAUUUUAAUGAUGAAAAGCCAAGUUUUUUUUUUAUCCCAAAGAAGAUUCUAGUGACCUGGAAGGUGCAUAGCUGGCGAGAUCAAAAGAGAUACACCUGUCGAGAGUCUUCUCUUAGUCCUCGAAUUUCUUUCUUAUAUACCUGCAACCCCUAACUAUUUGAAGUCUGGAGAGAGAGAUGGAGAAUGAAAAAAAUAGUGAUUUUCCAUGCCUAAAAAUAAUCUAGUAUAAUCUUUCAAGUUUAAACGGAUAAAUUGAUCGUCAUAGCCUUGACUGUGGGAGGAAUAGAAUGGGAUGCUAAAUUUAGCCAAGAUUAAGCUUCACGCACUCCCACUCUAUCCAGAAUACAUAUCUCCAUCUUUAUUCCCCAAUAAGUUUGACGAAGAGACCCGUUGUGAGUCUGGAGUGUUCAUGCUCUCUCAAUUAGACGUGAAGCCAUAAGUAAGAAGAAGAGGAUGAGAUUGAGGUGGUAGAGAAGGGGAGGUAGAGGAAGGGAAGUAAAGUAUAAAAAGAGAAGAGAGAUGAUAAUGCUGAGGGUGGCCGAGGUCCAGUGCCGCGAUUCCUCGUCUGUCUUCUCCAUACCUAUACCAACCUAUACCUUGAUGACUCGAUGUUCUGUUUGUGUUCACUUCUCUCUUACUCGUUCACGUUAGAUCAUCAUGAGUGUUCUCUUCAUCCUUCUGCUACCUGCAAGCAGACUCAAGAGAGUUGAUACACCGCGUCCUUCUCCUCCUUGGGGCCCCGUUGCGGCUGACCGCCGGUGUUGGAUCAAGGUAGUGGGAGGUAUCGGAUAUACUUGAGGUGGACAGGGACAGAACGACGGUGAGGUGGGAUAGAAGGAAUGGCUAUAUAGCAGUGAGACGAUGGUGUUUUUUCUCUCUCAAAUCGGCAAGAUCUGGAGAGGGAGACGGUCCAGUAGGCGGUUGGUAAGACGAGGAACGGAUGAAAGUAAAUGAGGAUUGAAUAAAGAUAGAUAUAAGUGAAGGCGGUGAGAACGGGGGAAUGAGCUGCUUGGAUGCUGGGGCGGCCAUGUUGUUCUUCGAGGAGAAGAGAACUCUGUGGUGUGCGCGACGAGGUUCGCUUCUUCUUCUUCCUUGUCGGCUCGCUUAAACCUACACGAAAAGCUUUUUCGGGUUUUGCAAAAUACGUUUUUUAAUAUAUAACACUAGAACACACAUCACAUUCAUUGAUUAUACUUAUUAUCAAACAGUUAGCUUUGAUAUUCAAGUACUAAGUGAGUUAUUUAUUAUUAUUAUUAUUAUUAUUUUUUGAAGUACAGAUUGAAUGUGGAUCUUUGAAGUUACUGGUCUCGGUGUAGAGACGCUUGGAUAAAAAUCCGCCGCCAAGUUGCCAAGUGACACGGAGUGUGUUUUUCCAGUGACGUUUGUGGACUCUAGUGUGCUAAUUCACCUAAUCCUAUGGACCAAUUGUAGAAUAGUGACCAAGGAUUUAAGGUCUAGGUGAUUAAAUCUACGGAGAUGUGAUCUAGAAACUUAUCACACUUGGUAGUUUGUAGUUUUCCCCCAAUCUUCCCCACCCUUUUAUUCCAGAUCAUAUCACCAGGUUAUAAUAAACCAUGCUAUUAUCCAAUGCGCUCAAAAGCAACACACACCAUAUCUCAAUUCUUGUGUACACACAUUGGAUCCCCUGGUCUCCUCGGUGAACUUGAUAGAACUUACUUGAUCACUUGAUUGCUUCUUGCUUGAGUCUAGAAGUCUCUUGAACUUCUUGGGCCCACCUUCAAACAAUUUCACAUCUAAUCUCACAGAGUCACUUUGAGUAACACUUGGUGCACGAGCUAGUGUUUGACUCGCGAAUGAACGACAUGCCGGUUCUGGUGAGUUCCCCAUCAGCGUGCGUAGCACACGCUACGCCAAGAGACAGAGAAAGAGAGAACAGGAGGGCGCGAGGGCGUGCGGCUACUUGAAAUACAAACGGAGGUUCUUAUUUCUUGUCGACUCAUGUGCCAUAACGACACUCAUCUGUGAUACAGUUCAAAUUUAAAAACCUCCCUCCUACAUCUUCGACGUUUUUUGAAGUACCCAAGAAGACCUUUAACAUCAACAUUACAUUGCAACCAACUAAAAUGUCGACUUGUACCGACGACGCUGAUAAUUCUACGCUCCAUAUGCAGGACGCCAUGUCUCCGGUGCAGGAGGGUCCAAUUUCACCCGCGUCUUCAUGCCUGAGCAAUCAAAAUCAAAAUGACGAAGUGCUGUUGGCUACAAUGCAGCCAGUUAAUGUUAUUGAUCUCCAUGAAUCAACUGAUCAUUCACUUCAUUCUCAUAAAUAUAAUCAUCAUAAUCAUCAUCGUCAUCACAAUCAUCAUCAUCAUAAUCAUCAUCAUCAUCAUCACAAUCAUAAUCAUCAUACAGAUGAUGAUCAUACACAUCAUCAUCAUCAUCAUCAUGAUGAUGAACAAAAUGGUCGUGCGACACCUGAAUCAAAUCCAACUGCUGCCAGUUUAGGUCACAAAAUGAUUGAUCUUAUUUACAAUGAUGGCAAGAAAACAGUUAUGUAUACACAUGACAAAGAAAUUAUUUAUGAAAGUGAAGCUGAUCGUGUACAAGUUGUUGAAUAUCCACCGCCAGCACCAUCACCAUCACCACCACCAACACCAACUGUUACACGUAAUAAUUUGGUUAAUGUCACACGUCAUGGACCACCUGCAGCAACAGCUACUACUUUACAUCUACAUCACUAUCCUCAACUUGCUCUUCAACAUGAAAAUGACCUUCCAAGGGCAGUUGCUACUGGUGGAGCAUCAGUACCAGCAAAUACCACUACUACUGUACUCGUUUUAUCAGAAUUAGUUGCUGCUGAUCCAUCAACUGGUGCUUCAGGUCUUGGUUUAACCACUUCCGGACCUACCACAACACUUCGAAAUGGAAGACGAAGUCGUUCAUCAUCGGACUGUGAGUCCAGUGUGGUUGGUAGUGUAGCAGACCAGCAAGGAUAUACCACCUUAGCUAGAGGAGACUCCGCAGAAGAGGAGGAUCAACAACGAAGCCAAACUGAUUCCAACGACCCUGAAGAGACCCAGAAGAGGGUUACGGCAGUCCAGGUGCAGGGUAUGGAGGGCGAUUGGAGAGCAUACUGCGAGCAUCCUCUGUCGGUGGCUACCGCGGCGAUGCUCAAUCUCCAACAACAACAUCAAGUCUCUGCUGUUUCUGGUCAUCCUGAAGAACAAACUGUUCCAUAUGUCUACGAGUACUAUAAGCUUCCUGAAAAGUCUGCUGAUGUUAAACUUCCACCAACUCAUGAACUCUGGUCAACGGGAGUGAUGGGCCAAAAGCUUUUAGUGCAAGAAAGUUCAUCAUCAAAUCGUUUAGAAAAUUCAACCGAAGGUACAGGUAAUGGAGAACUUCAUCAUUUCCUUCAUCAAUACAAUCAGCAAUCACCGAGUCCAAGUCAGAGUUUGCAAGGUGGGCUUUCGCUUCCGUUGAGUCCGCAGUCGCUGCGUCAUGAUGGCACACCGUCUAGUGGAAUCACGGGAAUUAAGAGAGAACCGGAAGACUUGAGCUCAUCACGUGGUGGUCAGCAAUCUAGUAAACGUCAUAAACAAGCAGAUAGUCCAACACCACCUGGAAUGUAUCACCAUCAUCAACAUCAACUCCAGGUUCAACAGCAAUAUGGAAGCCCUUAUGAUCCUUACUCCUCGUGUAGUCCAAGAUUGUCAGCAGCAUAUGGAGCAACAUCAGGAUCAUCAAAUGCGACAGCAAAUGCUGGUACACAGUCUGGUUUACAUCAAGAAGGCACAGCAGUUUAUGUCACUAGUGAAGCACUUCCUUCUCUUGCAUCAUCAAGUUCUUCUUCUUUACCAACAACAACAGCAUCCUACACACGUUACGAAGUCGUACCAAGUUCAUACGCCACCACACACGCGAUAAGAUCAUCUUCUAGUAACAGUAAAGUCUUGACAGUUGAUCUACCAAGCCCGGAUUCUGGUAUCGGUGCUGAUGCUGUCACUCCUCGACAAGAUCAUCAUCCACCUACUGCUUUACACACAUCUUCAUUCGACUAUACGGAAUUGUGUCCCGGCGGUACCAACAGUGGUACAGCAGUAGUCCUUGAAAGUGGCACCGUGGUUCACCACCAACCACUUCAGCUCCAACUACAACAGGGUCAUGCUCAAGCCCAAGUUCAAAGGAGUCUUGUCAAUGCUACUCCAACCAAUCCAUCAACUCCAAACCCACCAAGAUCUAGACCCUGGCAUGAUUUUGGUCGACAAAAUGAUGCUGAUAAAAUUCAAAUACCAAAAAUAUACUCGGCUUAUGGCUUCAAGUAUCAUCUUGAAUCACCAAUCAGCACAUCGCAGCGACGUGAAGAUGAUAGAAUAACGUACAUUAAUAAGGGUCAGUUUUAUGGAAUCACUUUAGAUUAUGUUCCUGAUCCUGAUAAACCUCUCCUCAAAGCUGGACAGACUGUUAAGAGUGUGGUAAUGCUCAUGUUUCGAGAGGAAAAAAGUCCUGAAGAUGAAAUUAAAGCAUGGCAGUUUUGGCAUGGACGACAACAUUCUGUUAAACAACGAAUUCUUGAUGCCGAUACAAAAAAUAGCGUUGGAUUGGUUGGUUGUAUUGAAGAAGUAGCACAUAAUGCGAUAGCUGUGUAUUGGAAUCCUUUAGAAUCAUCAGCAAAGAUUAAUGUAGCCGUACAGUGUCUGAGCACGGAUUUCUCGAGUCAGAAAGGCGUUAAAGGUUUACCAUUGCAUAUUCAAGUUGAUACAUAUGAAGAACCACCACCACAUACUCAUACAUAUACACCACCAUCUCACCGUGGUUACUGUCAAAUCAAAGUGUUUUGCGAUAAGGGUGCGGAGAGAAAGACACGUGACGAGGAGAGGAGAGCAGCGAAGCGUAAAAUGACUGCAACAGGCAGGAAAAAGCUCGAUGAACUGUAUCAUUCAGUGACAGAAAGAAGUGAAUUUUAUUCAAUGGCUGAUCUUCAUAAGCCACCGGUUUUAUUUUCACCACCUGCUGAGCAUGCUCUUGAUAAAUUCUCAACCAUGGAAUUAAGUGGAUUCUAUGGUGGUGGCGGUGGUGGAGGUGGUGCAGAUACCGACACAUCAUCAUUAAGUAAUGGAGAAAGUGGAGGAUUAAAAACAGGCACUAGUAGUCCUUAUCCAGGUUGUGGAAGACCAAGUUUACCAGCACUUAAGUUUCAUAAUCACUUUCCACCGGACAAUUUAACUGGACUUCAUGAUAAAAAGGAUUCACUGCUAAUGCAGGUGCAAGAACUCCAGGGUACGGUUCUUCAAGGUGUACCACAGGGUGCUUUACCUGCAGCUAACCUUAUAUCAGGUGUUAGUAACCGCUUGCACCUGCAACAUCAAGGUCCAGGUCAUCUUCGUGGUGGUGAUGCUGAAGAACGUGUCAUGCUUUAUGUUAGACAAGAAUCUGAAGAUGUUUAUACACCACUUCAUGUUACUCCUCCAUCAGUUCAAGGAUUGCUUAAUGCUAUUGAGUCAAAGUACAAAAUUGCAUCCUCGAGUAUUAACAAUCUGUAUCGAAAAAAUACGAAGGGAAUUACAGCGAAAAUUGAUGAUGACAUGAUACGUUAUUAUGUGGAUGAAGAUUUAUUUUUAUUAGAAGUAAGCCAUUCAGCAUCUAAUUCAAAUCAAAAUCUUGAUCGGAAUUCAAGUAAUCCAAAUUCACCUGAUCCUGAUGAUCCAAAUGAAUCAUCAUCAAUUGGUUAUGAUGUUACUUUGAUUGAAUUACCAUCAGUUCAAGGCCAACUACCACCAGCACCAUCACCAAUUGCUGUUAACUCACAUGGACAUGUUCAUGCUCAUUCUCAACAUGUUCACGAAAUUACCAAUUCGUGAAUUUAAAUCAUCAUUAUUCUUUUAUUAUUAUUAUUAUUAUUAUUAUUAUUAUUAUUAUUUUUUAUUUUAUUUCAUAUAUUUGUAUAUAAAUAAUUAAGCCUCAUGGUGGCAAUGUUAAUAAGAGGAUUAGGACCCUUUUAGCAAGUACUUUUUUUUUUUAACAAGUCAUUGAAGAAAAAGUUAUCAUAUGGUUUUAUAUAUUCAUUGUUGGUUAUUUUAUCCGCUGAAAGUCGGUUUUGAUAUUAGUUAUGAUGUUGACUUUUUUAGAGAGAAAAAAUAACAAUUAAGGAUAUAAGAUGAAUUAAAAAAAAAUAAUAAAACAAUGUGAAUGUGGAUUUUAAAUAUGAGAUUAAAGUUAAUGUUAAGUAAA